AUGAAGAAGAAUAUCCAUUCGAGUCGCCCUGAGACGUUCGUCUUCGACCUCGGCAUCCGCAAGGACUGGGCCGCGCUCGAACCCGGCCUGCGUGCAGAGUACAGCAAGAUCGGCGCGGACAUGCUGGUCCCCGAGGACGUCGCAGACGCACUUCGCAAGGGGCACCUCGAAGCCGCUCACGUCACCUACUCCAGCAUCUCCCAUGCGCAUUUCGACCACAUCGGCGACCCGGCCCUCUUCCCGAACGCGACGUACCUCCUUGGGAGCGAGGCGCAGACGCUGCUCGAUCCGGAAACGAGGGACCUCGGGAUCAAGCUGCUCAACGCGCUUCCAGAGGACCGCACGAAGUUCCUUGACCUCGCGAGCGCGCCUGCCCUCGGGCCGUUCCCGCACACUCUCGAUUUCUAUAAGGACGGCAGCCUGCACGUCGUCGACGCCCCGGGGCACCUCCCCGGACACAUCAACGUGCUAGCGCGUACGUCCGCGUACGGGGACGCGCAUGACUGGCAGAUCAUCACGGGGGAGGGGAAGAUUGCGACCAAGCCGAUAUGCGCCCAUGUCAACAAGGAGCAGGCAGAGGUGCACAUAGGGCGGAUCAGGGAGCUGCAGGAAAACCCGAGGGUGAGGGUGCUGCUCGCGCACGACAGGCCGUGGUAUGAGCAGAACAAGGGCGGGAAUGCUUACUGGCCUGGGGAGAUCAAGUCGCUGUAG